AUGCGCAUACAUGCCCCGCUGCUGCUGGACGGCUGCCUCGAGGCAUGGGUGGCACGCGGCGAGGCGUGCCGCGAGCUCAGCUGGGCCGCGGAGGCGCCUUCUGCAGGAGACGCCGCGCUCGAUGCCGCGCGCCGCUUGGGGCGACAACACGACGUGCUCUUCACGGCCGUCAACGGCAGCGAUCCUCGGCACCGUGCGGCGAGACGACUACAUGUUCUGCGCCCGACGGGUCACUGGGAGCAGUGGCGGACAGAGACGGACGAGGUGGCGAGCGUAGCGACAGCGGCGGCCUCCUCGACGGAGAAGCUGCGCGUGGAGGACACCGAGAACCGAUAUCGCGACAACGACGAGCUGCGCUAUGCCGUCCGCUCAGCACAUCAGCACCUGCUCGAUCUCGGCGCGAUCCACAUCGUCAUGCCCGACUUCGCAGCGCCCGCCCAGGAGCAGCCGGCUGAGCUCGUCGGUGUCGAGCAGCCCGCCGCGGCCGCAAAUUCGGUUCUUCCGAGCGAGGCCGACGCCGGCCAGCCGACGCAUCGCUUCGUGCUCGAGAACGGCGAAGUCAGAGAGGGCCAGCUGCCUGCCUGGCUGGACAUCAACAGCUCGCUCACAUGUGCGCAGCCUACUUCUGACUGCAAGGUCAGGCUGAUGCAUGACUCUCAGCUCUUCUAUCCGCCGUCGAAAGCUCUCGGAAGUAUCGCGCAAGACGAGCGGGCUGCAUGGCGCCGCGAAGCGCUGCCCACUUUCAACUCACAAGCUGUCGAGGCCAUGCUAGGGCGACACCAAGGAACAAGCGAGCAGCUGCUCUACGCCAACGACGACAUGUUCGUUAUGACGCCCAUGCGCCUCAGCGACAUAUCGACGCCGCUCUUCGGACCGGUGCUGCGCUUUCAGCCUCAGCUGGGUGUCGGAGGCGUCCAGUAUCCCGGCUCCGGCCAGACAGGCGAAUGGCCUGGCCUGCAGUAUGCCGGCUGGCUGCUCGACGAGCGCUUCGGCACGAGCAUCCGACCGUGGGUCUCACACACGCAGCGCAUCUUCCUGACGCCAAUGCUGGCGGAGCUGCGCUUGACGUGGGGAGAAGAAUUUGAGCGGCUGGGACUGAGCCGCUUCCGCCAGCUGUCGCGGGACGCCAACAUCGCCAUCCAGCAUCUGCACCAUCACGCCCUCAUCGAGCUGCAUCGGCAAGCCCUGCUGUGGUCCUUCUUGGUCCUACGAUUGGACAUCAACGGUGAUGGCCUCCUAGAUGCAAGCGAGCUGCGCUCGGCACUGGCACAGAUGGGCGCACCCACUUCGAGGAUCAUUCCGCGUGCCCUCAAGGUUGAGGACCGGCGACUGCGCGUCGAUGUCCGCUUUCCCUGGCGCAGCACGCUCGCGGGCAGCCGCUAUGCGACGCUGGUCCGCAGUGCGGGCCUCGGCGAGGAUCCACUGGCAACAGUGAUUCAGUUCUCGUCGAACGACGGCUAUCCCUUCACGCGACUUACGCCAUUCUUUCAGGAGCGCACGCCGCUCUCGACGGCAAGCAUGCGCACAGCGGUGGCUGCCCCCUGGCCAGAGCCCUGGCCCGACUACGUUCGCGACGCUGCGACGAAGCCGCGGAAGGAAUGGCGCUUCGAUCCUCAGGCAAAGCGGUCUCCUUGCAGUCUCGACUUGAGCCACUGCAUGGACUUGCCGCACGACGGGACCCUUCCUGCGUCCGUGAGCGCAACAGUGCUCUUUCAGCGCUUCGCCUUUGGCUCUCCGCACUGCGGAGACUGUCUCGUCACACACUUGGUGCAGAGAAGCGGGCAGCUUGGCCUCGAGGCCUUCCUGCCAGCGCCAGAGCAACGCUUUCCCGGCGCAGGCACAGAUCGGCAGCCUAGCGUUGCGCAUCUGCCGCAGAUGCGUCGGGUCCGCUCGACCGAGCAGGCUGCACUGUUUGCCGCGGAUUCGGUAGCGAACGCGACCGGCUGGGCCGGUCGUUCCCAGCGAGACUUUGCCAUGCGGCUGCUGCAGCGCUACACUUACGUCAUUGGAGACUCGCCAACAAGACUCCUGAAUGACGAUCUCGAGAACGGAGUUGACGUGCGCGAGGAGAUGCGCAAGUUUGGAGAUGCAAUGUGGCCAGUGCCGGCGCCGUUCGAGCGUCAGGGGUGA